AUGCAUCAAAUUAACAAUCUCAAGCAACUCCAACCCAAGGAUGCAACGAAAUGGCUUCCCACACAACCAUAUAACUUAGAUGUUAUUACGGCCUUGGCCGUUUUUACUCUAUGCGUUUUAUACAAUCAGAUGUUUGGCCAAGAAAAAACAAGAAGAAGAAAACCACCAUCAGUGGAAAACCACACCAGCAGCAUGAAGUUCUUCGUUCCAAGUUCCUUUGGGAAAAAUGCUGAUGCCUUAAAAUUUAAGGCAACAGCUCAAAAGGAUGUCAGCGCUAAAUCUAAGAAAAACAAGAAGAAGAAAAAUAAAAAACCUGCGUCUGACAAUGGAUUUUCCGGCAAAGGCCCAUUGGCACCGCCACCAAUGGAAGAUGAUGGGGAUGAAACCAUGAAUGCCAUCAAGACUGUUAAAGAUGGUAAGGUGGUCAAGAAGAAAACUAAGAAGCAAAAGCAACAACAACAAAAUCAAUUAAAAGCAACUCCCGCUUUGAGGCAGGCUGUUAAAGAGUCUUUGAGCAAAACCCAUGAUGAUGAUGAUGAUACACCAACAACAAGCGCCGCUGGCAGUGGUAUAAACUCUUUUCAGGCUAAGCUCAAGGAACAACUUAUGGGAGGAAGAUUUCGUUUUAUCAACGAACAGUUGUACACAAUGAACAGUAGAAAAGCUGAGCAGCUGUUCAAAUCUGAUCCUGAAGCUUUUAAAGCCUAUCAUGAUGGCUAUCGUCAUCAAGUGGAGAAAUGGCCUCUGAACCCCUUGAAUCGUAUUAUAAAAAUGAUAAAGAAACUUCCCAAAUCUUUGGAAAUUGGAGACUUUGGUUGUGGUGAGGGCAUGUUGGCUAAAUCUGUACCGCACAAGGUAUACUCCAUGGAUUUGGUUAGCUGUCGCGAUGAUAUCAUUGCUUGUGACAUGGCCAAUACUCCCCUAACUACACAUACCUUGGAUGUGGCAGUCUAUUGUUUGUCACUAAUGGGCACCAAUCUAAGUGAUUAUCUACUGGAAGCAAAUCGAGUUUUAAAAGUAGAUGGCCAGAUGUAUGUGGCCGAGAUACAGACACGUUUCGAUAAUGUCAAGGACUUUGUGAGAAAGCUGGACUCUUUCGGAUUCCAGUUAGUUAAACAGGAUGUGGGACAAAAGGUUUUCUACUUUUUUCAAUUUAAAAAAGUACGUAAUGUUGGUAAGGUGGCUAAUCUACCGGCAAUGUCAUUGAAGCCCUGCCUAUAUAGGAAACGAUAAACUUGUGGUCACAUAAAGGAGUAAGACGCGAAGUAAAUAUAUAAGAAACUUAGCAAUAUUAUUUAGGAGUUAAAACGCCUACACAAGAUAAAAUAAGGAAAUAAAACAAGAAAAUUCAAUUAGGAACAUA